AGCGUACGCCAAUAAUAUCUCCUGACUUUAGAUUAAUCGAAUAGGAAAAGGAUAGUCGAACAGCAUCUUCUAUUAGAUCCUAGUAUAGAUAUAAAAUCUAGAUUUAGAUUUCCUCUUAUCAUACGCCCAAGAAUACUGUGUUGUACAUUCAAGAUUCUAGAUAUAGAAUCUAGAGACUGUUGGCGACUUGUGAGUUUAGUUUUUAGUCCGACUGUUGACUUGUAGAAUCUAGAUCUAGAAAUCUACAGACGAGAGUAUAAUAGAGAUAGACUGUCACUAUAGAUUGAUCUAUUAUAUUAUAUAAUAUAGAUCUAGACCUAAUUUUAAUUAUGUAAGCUUGUAAAUCAAUACUAGGAUCUAGUCUAGAUUUCUAGGUAGAUUUAACUUAAGUCUUGUAUCUAGAUCUAGUUAGAUUUUGUCAAGCGGUGGGUGGUAGAUCUAGCUCUACUAGAUUCUAGCUCAUGGAAAACGGAAAGGCAGACUCAUUUGACUCUCUGGAUUCUCCAACUAAUAAUGUGGUGCCGAGUUUCUCAUUCUCUGGUUGUGGAUUUCUGGGAGUUUACCACGUUGGCGUUGCAGCUUGUUUACGCGACCAUACUGAUGUGUUAAGCAGAAAAGAAAUAAAGUUUGCCGGCGCAAGUGCCGGGGCCCUUGUGGCAACAACAUUGUUGUGUGAUAUAGAUUUUGGUGAAAUGACACGGCUGAUGUUGGAAGUGGCCAAGACGGUACGUAACAAGGAGCACAUGGACCUGGCCCAGAUGUUGCGAGACUUGUUGAACCAGUACCUGCCUGACGAUGCCCACAAGCGCCUGUCUAAACGUCUGUACGUCUCAGUGACUAUUCUCAGGGGGCUGCAGUGUGCUCUAGUCACAGACUUCCAUUCUAAAGAUCACUUGAUUCAGUGCCUGAUUGCCAGUUCAUUUGUGCCUGGGUUUAUUGGCUGGAUCCCCCCUGCCCUGGAGGGAGAAGAUUUUGUUGAUAUUGCUAAUGGACUUCUCCUGCCCUGUGCUGCUGGAUGGGAGGGGGAGGAGUCAUGUGAUGGAGAUGGAGACUGUUGGUCAGGUGGGGAAACUAGGCGCAAACGUGCCAGCUCACACAGUAUAUGGGAUGUGUAUGGAUAUGAUUGGGAUGACACGCAAGCCACAACACACAUCAACAAAACUUCCAUAUCAAAAUACUCCAAAGAUUCAGGGAGUUACCUGAACAAACUGGUCAAGCUGUGCUUCAAAGGUGUGCAGAAAACCAGCCAGGUGGUGAGAAGUUUACCUGUUGCUUCCCACAUCCUCGACACCAUUUUACCUGACAGCCUGAGUGGCAUGGACGGCUUCAUGGAGGCGCUGGUGCUAGAGAUGGUCUCAAAUAGGUAUACAGUCCUUGAUGGUGGAUUUUCAGACAACAUUCCUUGUUUUGACAACAACACCAUCACCAUCUGUCCAUUUGCUGGGGAAUCUGACAUUUGUCCUCGUGACCUUACAGCCCUUGACCUUAACAUUGACAUAGGUCAGACAAGCAUGCAUGCUAGUGAAGACAAUAUUUUUCGCCUCAAUCAUGCGUUGAACCCAAUGAACCCAGAAAUGUUGCUCAGGUUGUGUGAGGAGGGCUAUAAUGAAUGUCUACGCUUUCUACACAAGAAAGAUUUGUUGAGCUGUAGAAAGCACUUGAUGACCCGAGCUACCAUCUCCUCCUCACCCUGCAACAUUGGACACGCCCACUGUCGCUGCCGACUCUGCCUAGCCGCUGACCCAAGGAUCAGGACUAGUCUGUCUUGUGCACAGUGCCACCUACAGCGACGUAAAGCUCUCAACUCUAUCUUACCUCUGGAUGUGAGAAAUGAAUUUGCUAAAGCAAUAGAAGACUACAGGGAGCAGAAAAACAAGAGUGCUGCAACCCACUGGAACAAACUCAUCCAAACAUUAUGGUGGUGUGCUGAAAAGAUGUACUCCGGCACUAUACGCUUGACAGAUCUUUCUAUGGAUUUUCAUAUUUGGCUGAUGAGAGUCUGGGACAAUAUUGCAUGUUUUACCAAAUUUGCUCUUUUGCCUCUGGGUAAAAAAAGGAAGCUUGUCAGAUAUCUUUUAUCAUCAUUAAGAUCUUCAAUUAGCCACUCUUCCAGAAACAGAUGUACAGCUAACAUGUCCAUGUGUAGCUGAAAGCUUGGAGCCAGCAACUAGAUAUCACCAGGUGUUUCAUAACAAUCCAUUCCAACCUUCACUACAAAGCAGCAGGAGAUAGUCCCAGCAAGCUGUCUUGUGUAGUCCAACCCCUACAAGUGCUUUCAUCAAUGGCAGUUGUCUAUAUACACAGUUUUAAUACCCAUGUCCACUUAUAAACACCUACCCAACCUAUUAGAAACAUGCAAUCUUUCAUCCUAAAAUAGAUGUUCAGGCACUUAAUUUGAAGAGUAUUUAUUAGUCAAGAGUUUCUGAAUUAGAUCUUAUUCUCUGUUGCAAGUUUUUUCAUCCAAUUAUUAUUGUUAAAAGCUUUGCUGCUUUAAGUCUGAAAAUCUAUUCUCUGCUCAGAUUAGUGGAACUUAAAUGGCUGGUAGGGCACCAUUUUUAGUUGAUGCAAAACAUUGAUCUAUGAGCUCAGUUUUAGUUAUUGUUUUAUUGUAUAUAAAUUUAGUUUAUAUUGUUAUACUUUAUCCAGUGCAAUAAGUGAUUGAAAUGAAUAAAAUUGAAAUAU